UCCGAAUUGCCCUACGCUACAUUAUUUUAACACUAUUAGUUUUUUUUUCCAAAAUAUUUCUGAUAGUCCCGAUUACUGAAUAGAAUAUAGAGUUGUUGUAAGAAUAUAUUAUCGAUGUCUAGAACCAUAAAUGUGACAUUGCUUUACCAGCACCGUAGAUUGAGCCUCUAUCUCCUUCUGCUUCUGAUGCAAUUCGUGCGGCUCGUCAUUAAACACAUGUGGAAAAGUUUAAUAUCAAAGAUUCUCACAAAGCAAAAACAUAGUAAAGCAAAAUCUGUGAUGUAAGUCAGCAAGCGUUGCAUUUUUGGAUUUGAUUUACUGGGCCACAUGACUUUGACUUGCUUUAAAGCACUUUCACCUUGGUUUAUAGUGUGGGUGUUUAAUGGAGUGUGCAUAUAGAGAUCAUUGAGUUGAUGAAAAAUGCGUUCCUUCAACGUGCCUCGAUCAGAGAUUGACCCUGCAUAAAUAUAUGCUUUAAUAGCCCAUAGUCUGCCUUCAUGUUCAAACCUGUAGAAAAUAGACUUCCAAAUGUGGACCAAAAUUAUUAUUAUUAUAUUAUUCUUUGCUCUCAACCAGCACAUGCCAAUUUAAAGUUAGCCAAAAUAACUAUCAUGUUUGCAAAGAAAACAAGGUUGGAUGGAGUAAUGAUGUCAGUGUUCAGUCUCAAAUUAUUGUUUCCCUUCACGUUGGCAAGCAGAAUGGCAGUCAAUGGCACUAAAUAAUACAUGCGAUCUCUGACUAAAGCAUACAAUCUACACUCAGAAACCGAACUGUGUGACAAAACAGUCCCUGCUGAAUUAUGGGUCAACAAUGACAACCUGGAUGGUCUUUGAAGAUAAAAUCCACCACCUGUCUGCUGAUGACCCACAUGAGGCCCUUUGUAGCCUGUUGUUGCACGUUACGGCACAUGACUUCGCCUGGUAAUCAAUCAUCACGCUAGGCUUGAACGCCGACAGGUGCUUGGGAAGAUUGCGGCGCAGCCUGCAGCCGCGAACCAUGUGGGUGGCUCUGAUGGCUUUCACUGUGUUCUGCCUUGCCUUUCAGUACGCCGAGGUCCUGCUCGAUGUAAUGGAGACCAGAAAUGGCAAAGGGAGUGAGGGAUUUAUGACCCUUAGGGUCAAUGAGUCAUCAGCGACCUUGCGAAACCCUACCUCUGUGUCUACGCCAGUCAGAGAGGGGCCAACAGCCCCGAGAGAGAUUUACCCCACUGGUGUCAGGCAACAAUUGACUCAAGGUGAAGACAAACCCAAAGAUUCAGGCCCCGACAGUGUCUGUCAGCCCAAAAAACACAUUGUGUUCCUGAAGACGCACAAGACGGCCAGCAGCACCAUCGUCAACAUCCUUUAUCGCUACGGCGAUGCACGGAACUUGACUUUUGGCCUCCCGUUGAACAAGAAUCACCAGUUCUUUUACCCUUACCGUUUUGACUCUUCCUAUGUGGAGGGUGUCCGCAGUAAGACGGGGAAGGAGUACCACAUCCUCUGCAACCACUUAAGGUUCAACAAACCUGAGUUGGUAAAGCUGAUGCCUGAGGACACCUUCUACUUCUCCAUCAUGAGGCACCCCGUCACCAUGUUCGAGUCCGCCUUCACCUACUACAAGAGCAUUGAGGCCUUCCACAACUCUACCAGCCUGGAGCACUUCCUAGACCGCUGCUGGUGGAACUACAAACCCCUGGUGGCCGGAAACCAGUACGCUCACAACAACCUGGCUUUCGACUUUGGCUUCGACAACGAUGUCACCUACAACUCAACAGACCUGGAGGCACGCACCCAGGCCGCCGUGGCGUCCGUGGAGCAGGACUUUCACCUGGUCCUCAUCUUGGAGUACUUCGAUGAGUCCAUGGUGCUGCUCAAACACGCGCUGUGCUGGUCCCUGGACGACGUGGUGUCCUUCAAGCUCAACAGUCGCAGCGAGCAGUCGCGUCGCAUGCCGCCACCGCGCAUCGCGUCCAAGGUGGAGGCGUGGAACGCCCUGGAUUGGCGGCUGUACAUCCAUUUCAACGCCACCUUCUGGCGGAGGGUGGACGCAGAGGUGGGGCGAGAGGAGAUGGUGCGGGAGGUGGGGCGGCUGCGCAGGCGGCGGGAUCAGCUGCAGGCGGCGUGCCUCCAGGACGGCGGCCCCGUGAACCCCGAGCACGUAAAGGAUGUCAAGAUGAAGCCCUUCCAGUACGGGAAGGCUGUUAUCCAGGGCUAUAAUUUAAAGGCAGCUCUGGAAGGCCGAGCCAAGAUGAAGUGCCAGAAGCUUAUCACGCCCGAGCUGCAGUACUCAGACUAUCUGUAUGGGAAACAGUUUUAACAUUGACUUUGUGCUGUGCUUCUCAAAGCAAACCAGGUCCAAACCAUUAGGUUGCAUACAGGUUUUGUUCAGGAAAAAACGUCAAAGAUGUACUGUACUGAACAAUAUGCUGAUUAUUUAUUAACAAAAAAGGCCAGGAAGUGGCCUAUUAUAGAAUGUAUAAUAUGUUAUGUAACAUGAAACACAACAAUAACAGAAAAAGCCUUUGUUCCUAUUUUCCUGAAAUUAUACUUGAAUUGAUCACGAGGACCACGAUGGAGGUUUAUCGGUAAUGGGGGUUCGCUGCAGGCAAACCUGUGGGAUUUGAUGGAUCUCCCAAAGCAGAACAAGCAAUUAGAGAUUAAUCGAGAACCCACUUUGUCACUCUCAUGUAUUGGCAUAAUCCAGGGGAUUCUACUUUGAGGAGUCUCAGGGCCUGGACACAGAAUAUAAAAAGUAUGCACAGAGCACACUCCACAUUCAGAUUCGGAAAUCAUUAUUGUCUCAGAAAAUCGUCUUUGAUAUAGCUCACAUUAAAAGAAAACAUAUCCACUUAAUCACAUGAAAUAUCAGCACACUAAAUCUACCUGAAGAUGACAUGAAAGUCGAAUGGGAUGUGAUUCAGUGCAAAAUAACUAAAGAAUAAAAGCUUAACAUUUGGGGAAGGAAAAGGGGUCUUGCUGGAUUAGAGGGGCUUUUAACUAGUUUUGCUGUGGCGUUUAAGGGAACAGAACAUCAUCAUCAUCGCUGUUGGUCUUGAGUGCCAAGUGCAUUUGAUAUUUCACGAUGCUCUCCGCAGGGUCCAUAACACAACUAAAGUCCUUCAUCUCAAACAAUCUGUAAUGUCACAACUUGCAAAUGGAAAACAUGAAUAAAUGUGCAUUUUGGAGGACUGAGCCCUUUUAAAAGGGCUCCAAACAGGUUUGAAACCUUUCUGCUGUUUUUCAAAGAAACAGGCGAGGCAUUUCUGAUAAUCAGUUUGAAAACAUGUUCAUCCUUGUUGGAUCCCUCAACAUGGACUCUUCAUGAAACAUUUGCUUUGGGGAGGGGUAACGGUUUAGGCACAGACACUGGUCAGACAAAAAUAGGAUGUUCUGUUCUUAGAGGGAGAGGAUAACUUAAACAAGAGAGAGCUGAAGCUUGUGGCAGCUAUACUGUACAUUACAUUGUGUUAGUAGAAAGUCAUCCUGUAUAUUAUCAAAGAAAACAAAUUUCUCUAUUGUAGAAUAAUCCAUUCUUUUAAAAUCAAAGCACAAACAAGUUCUAAAUGCUGAUGCACUUUUUCAAAAUAAUUUAUAGAAUGUGAUACAAGAUAAGCGGAAGCUAUUUAGAUGUGUAGGGAUGAGUUCUAUCGGGUUCAAGAAGUCUUUAUAGAUAUUUAUUUUCCUACUAUUUUCUGUGAUAAAUGGUAGCAAUAGGCACAGAUUGGGCCAAUGCAGGGCAUGGUAUCUAUGUGUGUAUAACACAGUAACAUAACAAAACACACCUAUGCAGAAUGUACUUUUGUAUGUAUCCUCUGCCACAGUUAUUCAACUUAAGAGACCAAACCAUGAAUACUUUCGGAAAGAUUACUUUGGACAGGUGAACAAAUUGUUGGAGAAGCAAUAUUUUGUAUUUGGGCUUUGGUUAACAUUAAAUCUGUGUUCUGGUUUUGGUUGCUGAAUAAAUACCAGAAUCUAAAGCC